UCUUUUCGCAACAUCUGGUAGAGUCCUUGUACCAUGAUGCGCGCGCAUUUCUUUCUAUUCCUAACGGUUGCUCUUUGCAUCCAAUUUCAUUACACAUUGUCGCAGUCAUCACGAUUCUACGAAUGCCGAGACGACAAUGAUUGUCCCCGGUAUGCUAGAUGUGUAGACGACAGGGGCGAUUAUUUCAAUAACGGUGGCCCGGGGGACUACGGUAGAUGUCGCUGUGACCCGGGGUAUUACCCGUACUAUGGGGACACUGAACUCACCCUGGACCUGGACCGGCUUGACGAUCGGGAGAUCAGCUGCAGAUCUAGAGAUACUUACUCCUGUAACCAGUUCAACAAUGACUGUGGGCGCUACGGCUACUGUGAGGAAAUGCAGGGACGCUACUACUGCAGAUGUACUAACGGAUAUUACGGAGAGAGAUGCGAAAUCCCCGGCGACGGAAUGACAAGGAGAAAUCAGUUGACGAAUAUCAUCCCACUAAUUGGCGCCGGGGUGGCUGCCCUGGUGCUCCUGGGGGUCGGCGGGGCGGCUCUCAGCUCUUUGUCUGGGUAGGACUCUCUAAAUGGUCCCCCUCUCAAUCAGUGCCCUCAGAUGAAAUAAAACAGGAAAUGUACCAGUGUUUUGUUUGCUUCUUCAGUUCAGAGUGAUGAAUAAAUUACGCGUUGUA